AAUAUCACCAGUUUAGAACGAAUGAAGAAUUUGGUCCAAAAGGUCCAAAUUCUUCACAAAGAGUUGAGUUGUUUCUGUUGCAAACGACCAGACCUGCCGUCUCCGUGAACUCUUCAACCAAACACUGAGUCGGAGGCAUCCUGCAGUGACGGAUACGAGCUUCUCCAUGUACGGUCACAUGCAGCCACGGCCGUUUGUGUUCGUUUACCGCUUAUAUAAACACCGAGCAUCAGCGGAGCGGCUCCUUCAUUGGUGGAAAGAAACCUGAAAAAAGCCUGAGGAAUUUAAAGGGAGGGCAGGACGAAUUCCUGGACUUAUUGAGCCUGGAAUGCUUUCCUUCAUCCCCGAAACCCAGAAGCUGCACGCUUAUCAAUCAAGUGCUGCAAGUGAUUCGUACGAUGUGUGUGCCAUUUGUUUGGAUGAGUAUGAGGAGGGCGACAAGCUGCGGGUUCUUCCCUGCUCACACGCGUAUCACAGCAAGUGUGUCGACCCAUGGCUGACCAAAACCAAGAAGACCUGCCCCGUGUGCAAGCAGAAGGUCGUGCCGGCUGAUGGCGACUCUGACUCCGAGUCUGAGUUUGGUGACAGCGGCGGCGAGGAGAACGAAGUGUCGGAAAACACACCCCUGCUGCGAUCUCUGGCCUCCACCAGCGCCCAUUCCUUCGGCACCAUGUCCGGCUCACUGUCCCGUCCCGACGCCGAGUCCUCGGACUACGAAGAGCGCAGCGACACCACCGACAGCGAGGAGGAGGCUACCGUGGAGACUGUGGUCGUACAGCUGCAGCAGGGCUGUCCCGACAACAUGGAGGCCAGCGCUUGAGACGUUAGCGACGCCAACUCAAACUCUCAGUGGAGAUUCCAAAACAUUUCACCGUCACUUACAAGUUACCAUUGAAAAAUGUUUAACGUUCACCACGUGCAGCGAUACUAUGCAGCGAAAUUUUAUAAAUCAUGGUUUCCCCCCCAAAAGAAGUGCGAAAAUGCGCGAAUUUCGCCAACCUGGUGAAACGUCACCUUAGCGCCUGCUGCCAAACUCAUCUCAGAUGUGCAUCCGAUCACGACCAACUGCAUGGUUUAUACGACACGAUAAGACUUUAUUAGCGACACUGACGUCACGUUUUAGUUUGAUCAUUAACAGCGGAGCCGCUCCAAACACCAGUCACUCAGACGUGAUCUUGGAAGUGUAGUUAGGUAUAACACAUUUAUAUAAUGUAAGGAGGAAAUAAAUUGGGUAAGUAGGAGUUGAAGGGUUUUUUUUGCUAACACAAUGUGAUCUGUUACUGAUGUCUGAUUGCCUUUAAAUGUUGCUUUACUGUAAAUAUACCUUUCACUCACCCUUGUUUCUAAGUAGUCUACAUUCAUUUCGCUUUUCUGAAUAAAAUACUACACCUUU